CCCCAAGGGAGUGCGUGUGUUUCCUCCCGUUCUUUAUCACAGCCCCCGAAAUAAGGAGGAAUGGGCAGUGGCUGUUCCCAGUCCGCACACCUUUUCCAUUUGCUAAUCAGGCCCUGCCAGGCUGGGAGGGAGCUGUCCCUGGCUGACACUGGAGCGAGGAGUCGCGGCGACAAUCCACAGGCACCAUGAAACUGCUCCAAGUGACCGUCCUUUGCCUUCUGUCCAGCGUUGGUGGCGGUGAAGACAACAUAGGUACCAUUUUCUCUUAUUUCUCUAAUGAUGUAACCACUCCUCAAUUAAAAUCAUCAACAAUUUCUGCAGCAAAAACAUCUGUACCAACACCAGUCACAACAACAUCACUAAAUCUUGUUACACAAUCAACAGUUGGAACAUCUCCCAAAGGAACAACCAACAAGGAAUCUUUACAAACACCUCUGCUGCCAACACUUCCUUCAGUAAUCACGACACCUAAAGGUGAAGAAGCCACAACCAACUGCGUGACAAAGAAAGAGUUGACCACCAAAAGUGCAACAGUGAUAGAUCCUCCACUUCCAAAUGAUGUUACAUUACAAAGUUCCCAAAACAAGACUGAAAAUCAGAGUUCAGUCAACACAACAGAAAGGUCAGUUAGCACUUCACAACCAGAUGCCUCACCUUCUCAAACCAGUAUAUUACUCCCAAAGUCAACAGCAAUUGCAGAAAACAUCUCACAAUCUCAAGGCACUGAGAACGAAAAAAAUGCAAGCCCUUCUUCAACCAGCUCCUCUCAUUCCAGUAUUAUUCUGCCGGUGGUUAUUGCUCUAAUUGUAAUAACACUUUCAGUGUUUGCUCUGGUGGGUUUGUAUCGACUGUUCAGGAAGACAGACCCAGGCACAGCAGAAAAUGGGAAUGACCAACCUCAGUCCGAUAAAGAGAGUGUGAAGCUCCUCACUGUGAAGACAAUUUCUCAUGAGUCGGGUGAGCGCUCUGCACAAGGAAAAACCAAAAACUGACAGCUUGAUGAAUCUUCCCCACACCUGGGCAAUAAAUAUGCUUAGUCUUCAGCUUCUC